AGACAAGUGACAUUUAGAAUAUUCCAUUAUUGAUGUGACAUGUGUAUUUAUUUCUGAAUAAUUUUUCUUUGUGAAUCAAAAACCAAGUUUCUUUCACAGCAAAUAAUGUAAUUAGGUACCUCUCUUGAUAACAUGAAGUUGCACAGAUUUAUCACAACUUAAUCAGUGAGGUAUUCUGAAGGUUAUCAAAAUCUGUACGUGUACCUAUUGGUCAAAUAAACACAAAGUUGGAACAAUUUUCGGGGUGCUGAUUGAUCUACUUCACCAACAUGGAUAUCGACAAUGCUGGCUCAGAAGGACAAGUAACAGGAAUAGACAUUGAACAAUCAUUUCUGCAACAGUUCAGCUGCAUGGGUACAACAGACAAAGAUGAGUUGGUGAGACAACUUCAGAAAUUACUGGGAAGCCAUUUGAAUUAUUCAACUGCCACUUUCUUUUUGGAUAUGAACAACUGGAACCUACAAGCUGCAGUAUGUUCUUAUUUGGAUGUUGAAGCUCCUAACCAGUUGCCAUCAAUGGCAUUGGUUUCAGAUCCAGUAGCAAAUGACACAGAAAGUAUAGAGCCUAAUGUGAGCUUUCAGAAAACCUGGCACAUUUACAAUAAUGGUAAUGAAAUGUGGCCAGAAGGCUGUUAUGCUCAAUGUUCUGAUGGUGUCAGCCUAGGUGGAGAUAGGGUUCCAGUAGGUUGUCUAAGCCCUGGAGAGGGAAUGCAUUUAUCUGUGAAUAUGACUGGUCCAUCAGUACCUGGAAUAUACCAAAGCAAAUGGAGACUGUGCACACCAAAAGGUGCUUAUUUUGGAGAUCCCAUGUGGACUAUUGUGACUGUGGUUGAAGAAGGUACAAUAGCAUUGACAAAUCAAUUGUCACACUUCAAUCAGCUAGGUUCACCCCCUCAAUCUUUGAAUGGUCACAAUCCUUUUGUCAGGAACCAAUCACAAAAAGAAAAUAGUCAGGAUGCCAUCCCACCUGACGGGAAAUCGUGGUAGUAUCAACUUUGACCACUCCAUAGAGUCACUAAAGGACCACAAGGUGAUUAUUUUGAAUUCUUGACAGAUAAAUUGGAUGCGUGUACAGGAGUGAUAAUAUUAUGUACAUUUAAGAAAUAGAGUAAUAAUUUUAUAUAUUUGACGUUAUUGAAUAUUU